AUGGAUGAAGCAGACAUGGAAGUUGACGCUUCGGAAGCUAGCGCAGCCACGAAUUCCUUCGUGUUCUCUAAACCGAGCACCGUGUCAGAUCUUCCAAGGAUCAUCAAUUUUGGCAUAGGAUCGGAUCAUGUUUUUAACGUUCAUCCCAAUAAAAAAGACGUCUUUACUUUUGCUGCACCCAUGAUGGUACCGCGACAUGGUCAGAUCCGUACAAGCCCACGAGUCAACAGAUACAAACCAAAUAUUUCUAAAAAUAUGUACAACCCUUCAGUGAAUGUGUUCACUAAUGCACUCAAGGAUACAGGGGCGUUUGAACAGUUGAAAAAGAAUUCUAGGUCGCGCGUUACUAAAGUUAACAUAGAUAACUCGAUAACAUGUUCUGAUGUGCCAAAAUCUUUACUAACCAAAAUAGCGGCGAGAGAACAUUUUACGAAGUUUGGGAAUACCAAAAAGAUAACUAUUCAUCCAAAGAAGCACAUAAUUGUAGUCGUUUAUGCGACAAAGGUAGAGGCGAGCGCCGCAUAUUAUGGCAGUGGUGAGUACAGAGGUGAAAAAUUUCAUAUAGAAUGGACAAAGAUGGAGGCAGCGAAAACAGUAACCAAGAAGAAGAAUUUGCAAUGUAACAUAGUAGCAAAUUUACUCAAAGCAUCCGACGAUGAGAUUAAAUCAGAAUUAGAAGCUAUGACAAAUCUGGAGUAUAACUUACAUUCCACCAAGGAGAACGAACUGGCCGAUGUAAGUAUGUUGCUUCCGUUAAAAACCAGAGCACAAGGGAAAGCGGCUUUGUCGCAUGAAAAAGUUAUAACGAAGUCAGAGAAAGCCGUCGCGAAAGUCGAGAAGCAUGAUACCGAGAGUCAAAUAGCUAAACCUUUGCCCAACACAUCAAUAGAAGCUUUACAGAAUAUUAUACAACAGGCUGCCCUCACAACUGAGGACAAGUACAAUGUAUUGGAAGCUAGGGAUCGUCUUAUGAGAUUGAAACGAGUCAAACCAGCCUCACUCGCAACGGCCAAAGUAACCAAUGGUACUUGUCCCGACAUGUGCCCGGAAAAGGAACGUUUGAUGCGCGAGUCGCAGAGGCAGGUCGCGCCGUACGAGCAACUCGAGGGAAACGAGUACAGGAUAAAUCACGCGAUCGCUAUAAAACAGUAUUCGAGAUCCUCCGCGGAUCAAGAAGAACCAAUGCCUCAUGAGCUGAGGCCUGUGAAAUCUCUGAAGAUGACUAUGAGCUACUUGCUCCAUGAGAUAGUGGAUCUCUGCGAGCAGGACGGCACGAAUCUAGCGGAAUGGUACCACUUCCUCUGGGACAGAACGAGGGGGAUUAGGAAGGACAUUACGCAACAGGAACUAUGCUGCAAGGAGAGCGUUGAACUAAUUGAGCAAUGCGCCAGAUUCCACAUUGUAUGUUCGGAGAGGCUUUGUGCGGAGGAUGCGUCCGUGUUCGACAAGAAGAUCAACUCCGAGAAUCUUACCAAGUGUUUGCAGACCUUGAAGUACAUGUAUCACGAUCUGAGAGUGAAAGGUAUUACUUGUAAGAACGAGCCCGAAUUCCGGGCGUACGUUGUGCUGCUGAAUUUAAACAAUGGUAAUUUCCUAUGCGACUUACAGCAGCUACCGAAGUCUGUACAAAAUUCUUCGGAGAUCCAGUUUGCGAUCAAGGUGUACUUCGCAUUGGACUCCAACAAUUAUUACAAAUUCUUCAAGCUCGUUCGAGAGACGACAUAUUUAAAUGCUUGCAUUUUGUUAAGAUAUUUCAAUCAGAUCAGAUUGAAAGCCCUUUCGAUAAUGGUAAAGGCAUACUGCAGAAGCACUGCGACCGUUUUCUCGUAUGAAUUGUACGAAUUAAUAGACAUCCUCGGCUUUGAGGACGAGAAAGAAGCAAAGUAUUUCUGCGAACAUGCGGGCUUAAACUUGUCGAAUGAUGAACUACACAUCCUCCUGAAUCGUCGAAGCCUCAACAUGCCGACGGCGAGUAUCCAGCAACGUAGAGCUUGUAAUUUAAUCGAAUCUAAGAGAUUGGCCUUAAAUUUUAGUAUCGGACAAUGCAUCGCGGGAAUGGAUGGGAGUAUGCCGGAAAAGACGUACAAGAAUCAUAAGCCACACGACAGCUUCGAUGCACACGGCAAUUUAAAAUCGGAGUCUAUCAACGCCGCUGAUCAAAGCGUCGAUCCUGCGAAACAAUACGAUCCGUAUGAAUUCACGGAGAAAGAGACAAGAAAGUUACCAAAAUUGACAAUCCGAGAUAAAAUUAAUCAGAGGGUCAUAAAGGACGUUCGUCCUGCACAAGUUCGAAAGCAACCAGCGACAACAAACGCUGCAAGCAACGAGAUAAGCGUGUUUAAACAUGCAUCGGUUCCUGAAUUGGCUACCUCGGAGAUUCUUAACACGACGAUGUCCGUUGAAUCCAAGCUAAAGGAAUCGAAUAUCUUUGAAUGCAAAACUCAAGCCAGUACAUCGAUAAAAGUUUCUGAGAAACAAUCUGGUAACGAGAAUCUGACUAGUACGAUGAGUUGCAAAAGCUCUACAGUCGACAAACAACAGCCAAUGAUAUUUAGUAGCGGCACUUUUGGUAAUAAUCUAUCUACAAGUAUGUUCUCCAAACAGCCGGAAACGUCAUGUAAUGCAGAAUCGACCGGUCCGUUCGCGAUGGUCCUACACAAAAGUAUUUUCUCCGGAGGACAGUCGGGAAAUAUAUUCACAAGGGACGUAACACCUUUCUCUUCUACAAUAUUUGUUAAUAAACAUUUUCUCGUACCAGUUUCUACUCAACAAUCUACCUUCGUAGAUGCGGAUAAAAUUAAAGAGCAAACCGUCUUCCGUAACAAGGAACAGAAGAUCCAAGAGGAAGCGAUAUCGGAGACCGAGAAAGCAAGGCUGGAAAAAUUGGAGCAUGUGAGGAGAAUGCAACGAAUCGAGCAACAGUCGGAGGAAAUUUACAACAGCUUACAUGAGGAAGUUAUAUAUGAGUUCUGCUCUGCUAUCGCGAGGCAAGAAAUAGAUAAGAUACAAAUGUACGACACGUUAAGCAAAAGAAUUCUCUCGGAGGUGAUCAACGAAACUACCUAUGAGAUGUGCGACGCAGUACUGACCGCGGAGAUCGAGCAGCAACGAAAGUUAGAGGCGAUGUUAUUGCGAAUUAAGAACCGAGUGAUCGUCGGGUGCGUGAACGCCUGGAAGCAGUACGUGGCGAGAAAGAAGCGGCAGAGAGCAGCAUUGGAGGACACGCCAGUUUGGUUGCAGAGGCGAUCCGUGGAGGAAACGGCGCGGAUGCUGUAUACUAAAGAACAGGAAGUGGUACUGCAGAAUAUGCGUAAACGACGAAGCGAACCGGAGGAUGUGGUGGUUAACGCGACGGAAACCCUUGCACCGAUCGAGGUCAUCGUGUAUGCCGGCAUCAAAGAGAACCUCCGAUUGCUGGAUAUCGAUCCUCUGCCCAAUGUGUAUUGGAAACUCGUGAUCUCCUGGCCAGACUUAGUCAACCGAUUGAUCUUGUGGCAUCAUAAGAAGAUAAUGAACAGAUACUUGUAUCCUAACGAUUUCACGAUGGAUCCUAUCGUGAAGAUUUAUCAGCCGAAUCCCUAUGAAACUUUGCACGUUUGCAUAAGGCAUUUUGAGGGUUUGAUCAGCGAACACCACUUAGUCGGUGCCGACGCGCUUCUAUUCAUCGCCGAUGCGUCGGAGAAUUACAAAUCUGUCGCGAAACGUUUAAUGAAAACCGUAUUAUCGCGACAUAAGUUAAUGCCUGUGCCGCUUGCUUUUAUUGUCCUCGGUAACGGCGAUUUGGAGAAUCAAAACGAAAUGAUUGUCUCAGAUUUAGAAUCUUUCUUGGAAUCUGGUUAUGUAUCGGAAUAUACAAUCAUGUACGAAGAGAAUCUCUCCGAGAAAAUUAUAUUAAAUUUGACACAAAGCGCAAUUUUAUGGUUGACAGUGAAUAAAUCACCACCGAAUCCGUUAGAAAUGGAUUAUCUAUAUAAUAUGUACGAUAUUUGCUUAUCUGAAGAGUUGUGGUUGAGGAUACUGGGUGAUUCUGUGCUCAAUAAACAAUUGUCAAACGCGUUGAAGGAUCCCAACUUUGUAAUCGACUUGCACAAUGAGGCCGUAAAUCACCUGAUAGAUAUAAUCUUAGAUCCAGAAUCCUUGUUAUAUACAAGUUUCGCACCUGAAUUAAAAAGAUAUCUCAAGAGUAACAAUAUCAUGCCAUGCAAUUAUGAGUAUUUUGACGAGUCAUGGAAACAUGAUGAAUAUAGAGCGAAAGUGGAGAUUGCGAUGAAUAGUUUUAUCUUGCCACCAUGGAAUGCACCAUGGCCAAUAACAGACAUACAAGAUUUACGACGACACAUUAUGAAUUAUUGCAGAGAGGUGCUGUCUGAUUCAAACUGUAAUAUCGUAUUUUGCGAUAUAUUAAGCGACUUGUUCCUCACUUCGGGUAGUUUACAAGUGUCCAACUUUGUACACAUACUACUGCACGUGAUCAAGGAAAAAGUAUGUCUUUUGGAUGCAGAUCAAACGAUUAUUUACAACAAAAAUCACAUCAAGCAUUUCCGAUCAUUACCGUGGUGGUUCAAAUCUAACGUACUGACAGAAUUCAUAUCGCACGACUUGGACUCGGAUAAUAGUGUCGCGUUAAAUGAACCGAUGAAAAAACGAAAGAAAUUCGAUAAAUCGGAAAAUGAUUUAGAUGAUAGUACGUUAGACGAGGAGUUUGGUUUGCUAGCAGAAUUCUGCGAGAACACUAAGGCUUGUGUUAUGGAAGUGCAUUCUGUGUCUAAAGAGAUAGAAAAUCGCUUGCAGACGCAACAAUUGGAGAAUGCGUUAUUGGAAGAUAAAUUGAAAAGCGCUUUGCUCGAUGAGACAAAUCUAACAAAGGAAGGUGUUUGAGUUUUUUCCGUUUAACUUUAUGACAUUUUAAUAGUAUCUUUUUUUGUUAUAUUUUAUAUUAUAUUAUACGUUAUGUACAACAUGUAUUAUAUUUAUAUAUUGACGUGCGACGAUUUAUUUUGACAAUGUUUUCCAAUUAAAAUAUAUAUCAGCGUGUAACAUUUGAAACGUUUGUAAAAUAAUUAAAGGGAACAUUUAAAUCGCUGCUACGAUCUUAUUAAAAUCUUGCAUUUUUAAGUUGUAUGUCAUAAAAUCAUAGAAAUAGAGCUAGUCAUUAAUUUAUUUUUCAUAACGCAAUUGUCUCAUAUAUACAACAUAUAAUUCGCAGAAUUAUACAAUUUAGAAAAUAUAUAUUUUUAACAAAACCGCUUUUCCACAACUUCAAAGGUAUUGUCACUUGUCUGAUAUUGUACAUUCACAACACAGUUGAAUUCUCAUGAAGAAGAAAGAAGCAUUCUUCACAAAUAAUAAAUAUUCUAAAAAGAUUAGUGCAAAAAAAUAUAUUAAGGUUCGGCUCUUUCGGGCAGUCACAUCGGUUUUAUGAUAUCAUACAUGAAAUUACGUGUACAAUAUUAUGUUUUCUCUUAAUUAAGCCAUAUUCAAGCGGUCGUGACAACUAAGCACGGCCGAAGAAUGAUCCGUUAUUUCAGAAAUUAUUUCUACGUGACAGAUUGGCCAGAUGUCCUGUAUAUUUUCAGGUUUCAAGUUUCAGGAUCACGAAAUUAUGUUUUUAAGAAAGAGCCGAGCUUUAAAUCUUUUAUUAAAUUAAUCAUGAAAAUUUACUUUUCCUAUAUUCAUAUAUCUUUCUUUGAUUUCUAUUGCACAUUCUCUUCUUCCCUCCGAUAUGAUAAUUUUAUUGUAUGCAAUACAUAAGAUGAAAUAUUUAAUAUAGAAAUGUAUGCAUCUUCAAAGAGAGAUAUUUAAUAUAGGGUAUUAAAGUAAUAUUUUUAUACGACUCUUUGAUGUUAACAAAAUUAUGUAUUUAUUCAAUGAACUGAGAUCAAAUGAUGCUAUAAUACAAGUUUUCCGUGAUAUAUACAGAAUACAAAUUGACAUGAUAUUUUACUUUCUCGUAAAAAAAUUUGGUAUAACAAUCUUCACAUGUAUAAUCAUAUAAAACUUCAAAUGUGUAAAUUAAUGUUAUGGUGACUCCUAAUUAUCAAAGUUUUUCGUUUUUGUUACUCAUAGAACAUUAUUUGUUUAUAUUUUUUUACAGAUCUUUAUAUUUUAUCAUUUAAUCGUUCUUAAUAAGAGACAAAUCCGGAUAAAAGCAAGCUAUACAUUUUCGUUUGGUUUCAUUAUAUUUUUGAUUAAUUUCUAAAUUCGAGUCUUUAUUUAGGAAAUAUAAUCGUAAAAUUUUCUUAUAAAUAACAAAUAUGAUAUGAAACGUACUAUGACGUGUCUAAAGAGUAUGUGAAAAUAUGCGACAUUGUAUCUGAACUAUUAUUUGAAAAAAAAA